GUCCCACCUUCACAUUCUUUCCCACCUUCACACUCUGCCCCUCCCCCACUCUAAGCACAUAACGACCAUCUCCUGCGCACAUUUUACGUAGAGUGAUACUUCUUCCACCUUUCGCACUCUUGGGUUGCUAUCACGAAACGCGACAUGGCAAGCCAAGACUACUACGGGCAGAGUCAAGGGCAAGGCCAACAAGGCUAUGGCCAGAACUAUGAAGGCACCAGCCAGCGACAGUGGGGUUCGGCAGACUAUAACCAAGGCUACCCCCCUCAGCCUCAGAGCUAUGGACAACCGCAGCAUGAUCAAUAUGGCCAAGCCAAUCACAGUCCCUAUCCGCCAGUACAGAGCCCUUACCCACCCCCUUCCUAUGGUUCCUAUGGGCAGUCCCAGAACAGCUAUGGCGCUUCUCCCCAGCCCGUAGACCAAUACCAGCAGGGCUACGACCCGAACCGUAGCACCUCUCCUUACCCACCCACAGCACAUCAUCAGCAAGGCUAUCAAGAUCCAAGCCAGGAGUACGGAGCGCCUCAGCAACAGGGUCAUCAUGACCCUCAGCAAGGCUACGGUGCGUCACAAUACGGCCAACCCGGUGGGCCAGGCGACGCCGCUGAAGGAGAUCGUGGUCUUGGUUCCGCUUUGAUCGGAGGCGCAGGUGGUGCUUUUGUUGGAAACAAGCUGGGUGGUGGAACCCUUGGAACCCUAGGAGGCGCAAUCUUGGGUGCUGUCGCAGCCAACAUGGUGCCUGACAAGAAAGAAAAGAAAAAGCACAAGAAGAAACAUAGGCAUAGUAGUAGCCACGGCUCCCAUCGCUCGCAUGAUGGGUCGGACGAUGGCUCUCAUCAUGGGUCUCAUCAUGGAUCAUCACAUCACGGAUCUUCCCACCAUUCGCAUCACGGAUCCUCACACCAUUCACAUCGGAGCUCGUCGGGUCAUAGGCACAGGCAUAAGCACAAUAAAAGCCACAGCAGAGGGGGCAAGAGCAGUUCUAGUUCGAGCAGCAGCGAUUCAGACUAGAUUGAGCAUGUUUAGGGAUAUCCUCUCAGGUAUACGUGACAUGAUUUAUCCUUGGUACCAAUGAUUUUGCGUUCUGAUUGGUGAUAAUUGUGUUGCUUGGCGAUUAUUUUUUGCUAUCUGCAAACGAAGAGUGUUUUGAAACGCCAUUAAAUUUUCCUAUCAAGGCAGUGUAUGACGGCCGAUCUCUGACAUCUGAUGCUAAAAUCGCG